AGAAUCUCGUCAAUUUCGAAAAUCGUACGUUGCGUUCGAGGCAGAGGCAGAUGCUCAUAGAAGGGUGAAAGUUGGGAAAACAAUUUGGGACAACAUGCAUACAGUGACUUGUAUAGCGCCAGUAAACAUUGCCCUUAUUAAAUACUGGGGCAAACGAAAUGAGGAACUUAUACUUCCAAUCAAUGACUCCAUUAGCAUGACGCUUAAUGCAAAUGAGAUGUGCGCAAAGACGACAAUCUCAUCUUGGGAAACGUUUAAAGCAAAUCGAAUGUGGCUAAAUGGUGAGGAAGUUACUUUUGAAGAGAAUGCACGACUAAUGCGUUGUCUGGACGGGGUACGUCGCCUGGCGGUGGCAAAUGGUGCACUUAAAGUUCCAUUGAAUUGGAAAGUGCAUAUUGCAUCGCGUAACAACUUUCCAACUGCUGCUGGACUGGCAUCGAGUGCAGCUGGCUACGCCUGCCUUGUGUACACAUUGGCCCGUUUGUAUGGCAUUCCAAUUAAUGAGGAAUUAACCGCCGUGGCACGACAGGGCAGUGGAUCGGCUUGCCGCAGUUUAUACGGUGGCUUCGUUCGCUGGCAUAGCGGUGUCCUAGAUGAUGGAAGCGACUCAGUUGCCAAGCAAGUAGUAUCCCCGGACCACUGGCCCAAUAUGCAUAUCCUUAUUCUAGUUGUGAACGACGCACGCAAAAAGACCCCCUCUACCAAGGGAAUGCAACGUGCCGUUACUACCUCAGCGUUGAUUCAACAUCGUGCCAAGGUUGUGGUUCCCCGUAGAACGGAAGAACUUACAGAAGCAAUCCAGUUGCGGGAUUUCAAUUCGUUUGCUGAAAUCACUAUGAAGGACUCCAAUCAGUUUCAUGCCAUUGCUUUGGACACAUAUCCGCCGUGUGUCUACAUGAAUGAUGUGUCUCAUUCCAUUGUCAAUUUCGUGCAUGCCUACAAUGAGGCUGUUGGCAGCUUGCAGGCUGCCUACACCUUUGAUGCCGGACCAAAUGCGUGCCUUUAUGUCCUGGAGGAAAAUGUACCGCAGCUCUUAGCUGCCAUACAAUUGGCUUUCCCAAAUGAUUUGGUGCCAAGUGUGGAAUAUUUACGGGGAAUUCAAGUGCCAAACUUUGGCUCACAGAAUGAAAAGCUUCCGUCUAAGUUGAGUGAUGCUGACUUUCUCGAGAAGCGCUCCAAAAAUGUCCUCAAAUACAUUAUUCACACCAAAAUUGGCAAUGGUCCGAGCCAACUGAGCGACGAUAAUAGUCUUCUGGUAGAUGGUCUACCAGUAUCUUCACUCUAGCCCAAUGACAUGAGCACAAUUGACACUUUUCUUUGAUUAUUAUUAUUAUUUAUUUAACUCGUUCAUCACAUUUUUUAAGGGUAAAGUGUAAACGAAGCAUCGCCUUAUUUCAAUUCUAAGCCUGCGGGGGGGAAACCGGGUUUUUCAUAGAAUUUCUAUUAGAAACAAAAUAUAUAUGUAGUACCUUGAGUAGACAAUGAAUCCAAUGUUAUGGUGUAUUAUUGUAUUUAUUAACGAAUAGAUAACGCAAAUGUAUCGUACAAAUAAACUUAACAAUUUUUAUAAGCGAUUUUGCUGCGAAUAUGAAAUGUAUAUUGUGUAGUACUAAAUAUUAGUAAACAAAUUUAAUUUUGAUAUGGUUUUUACAAUAAAUUGUGGCUGGAAUUUUGUAUAAAA